AUGUCCAUCGUUAGAGCAACGUGGCUUAACGUUCUCUUGAUUUUUAUUCCCUUUGGUUGGGUAUCCCACUUUGUCUGGUCUCCUACAGUCACUUUUAUCCUAAACUUCAUUGCCAUUGUUCCCCUCGCAAAACUACUUGGCUUUGCCACCGAAGAUAUUGCGCUUCGUACUGGUGAAGUCAUUGGUGGCCUAUUGAAUGCUACUUUUGGUAACUCUAUCGAGCUUAUCAUCAGUAUUAUCUCUCUAACUCAAGGUUUAGUUGUGGUGGUGCAAGCCUCCAUGCUCGGUUCUAUUUUGUCUAAUUUAUUGAUCGUCUUGGGUAUGAGUUUCCUGGCCGGUGGUCUAAAAUAUAAAGAACAAAGCUUCAACAUCACUUCUGCACAGACUUCAGCUUCAUUAUUAUUCUUGUCUGUAGCUUCCUUGUUAUUACCAGCUUCAUUUUAUGGAUCCACCGUGGAUGCUGAAUCUGCAGAGAAGGAAAGAUCGGAUAUUUUAGGUAUCUCAAGAGCAACAGCCAUUAUAUUAUUGGUUGUUUACCUUGCUUAUAUGGUUUUCCAGUUAAGAACGCAUAGAGAUUUGCAACGACCCAUGCCAGAACGUGUGGUAUCAGAGAUCGAUGAGGAAGAAGAAGAAGAAGAAGAACAUCCAUCCAUGCCUUGUUGGAUGGCAUUCGUACUUUUAAUUAUUAUCACUGUGCUAGUUGCUGUAUGUGCAGAAUUUUUGGUUUCUGCCAUAGAAUCUGUUGUUGAACAAUGGGGUAUAACUGAAACAUUUGUUGGCCUGAUUCUGCUACCUAUUGUUGGCAAUGCUGCUGAACACGUUACAGCAAUUACUUGUGCUUACAAAAACAAGAUGGAUUUGGCACUAGGUGUAGCUGUUGGUUCUAGUAUGCAAGUGGCUUUACUUGUUACACCCAUUAUGGUUAUUGUUGGCUGGGGCCUCAAUAUUGACAUGAGUUUGUACUUCAACGUUUACGAAACUGCUGUACUCUUUGUCACUGUUAUAUUGCUAAAUUAUUUGAUUAUGGAUGGUAAAUCGAAUUGGUUGGAAGGCUUCAUGCUAUCUGCAUUAUACGUUUUACUCGCUAUCACAUUUUAUUAUUACCCUGACGCAGCUGCUGGUGGUUUAGAAGCUUUGGGUCACACUGCUGAAAAUAAAACCGCUUCUGCCGUUGUCUCAUCAUAG